ACACUGUGUGGGUGAAAAAGGAAGUUGAGUGUGUGUGUGCGUGUGUGUGUGCCCGCAUAUAUAUAUAUAUGCACAGUAAUCUGAAGCACUGGUCAGCAGCAAAAGACUCACACAGGAGGAAUCAAUAUGAAGCUCUCGUCUGCUGUGAAAGUUCUGGGAUCUCUCUGUCUGCUGCUCAUAGAUGGAUUUCCAGUUUCUGAAGAUGAAUCUCCAGAGAUAAUUGGACCAGGCUUUGUCCAAAUAAAAACUCAUCCAGGUGCACCACUGGUGCUUCACUGUGAUGCGUUUGCAAACUGUGAGGACGAUGCGACUCUUAUCUACUGGCUUGUCAAUGACACCUUCCCCGAAGAUGCCCCCAGCAGUGACAGGAUAACAGAAUCUAAUGAAUCUACUCUAGAGGAGGGUGCAAUCCUUCAGAGGAGUUUGCUGUUGAAGAACAUCACAUCCGAGGACCUCAAAUCCACCUUCACAUGUGUUGUGACAAAUGCUGUGGGAAUGGCCCAAAAACACAUUAAAUUAAUAGCAACAAGUGAAUGACUGAAGAUACUAAAUGACAACUGUGUAAAAGAUCUUGAUUUUCUGUCCUCUGUAUUGUGAUAUAAGUCAUGUCUGUCAAGAGUCAACAUUGCAUGUCAGCAUUUUCAUGUAAAACUUUUGUUUGGCAACUUGUGGAUGAACCCUGCUGAAGAGCUGGAUGGUUCAAAACCUGAACUCCAGUUACGCUUAAAGGUAAAGCAAGUAGCUGCUGCGGGUCAUCAGAACGCUCUGCUUUAUAUGAAUCUGACAAACAUACAGAGGCGCCAUCUGAUGUAGCACUGUUGUGGUCCAAUUGUAACUCUGUUACACUUACCCACAUUACUGUCAUUUAGGCGACUGUGCCACACUUCAGAACGUGUGCUGAAUAUUGUGUCAGCAAACUGUUUUCUAUGCCUGUGUACGGUUCCUGUACUUGCUGAAAAAAAAAAUAGUGAAAAUUAAAUGUAUAUACUUUUAAACCAA